AGUCGCCGUUUCUUCUUCUCUUCUUCUUCUUCCAAUUCACGCUGCAUUUUCUCUCUCCCUCCAUCUUUCUAUCUUCUUCUUCAUCCUUCUCUAUAUACGUUGCUGUUUUGAUUCUUCUGAACUAAGGUGAACAAGAAAGAGAGAGUUAGUUCUCUAAGGUCAUUCUGCGGAUCUCAAGAGAGGUUUCAUCUUUGAUGAUUAAUUAGGUUAACUUGAAACUUGAAAUUAUAUCCAAAUAAUGGCUAUAGCUGGUUUUCAAAAUAUGUGUGGAUUCAAUUCUAUCCACGGUGAGUCUCAGAAUUUGCCUUCAGGUCCCUGGAUUAACCAUGAUAGGACUGGUUACAAGGCAUCUACGGUUAUGAAGAUGUGGAGAGAAAUGGAGCGUGAACAUGUAGUGAGUCAUUCCCACACCAGAGAUAGGUUUAGACGACAUAACGAUAAGAGUGAUGUCUCUAAUGUAGAUACAGCGAGUACAAUUUCAAUUGAUAGACAAGAUAGUGAAGACAGCUUAUCUGAUUACAGUGUUAUUGUUCAAGACUGUGGAGUAUGUGAUGGCCAAAGGCCAACACUGUGUGAUCAAGACGACAGGAACAGUUGUAGUUCAGAACUGACCGAUGAUAUCGAUGAGGUUGAUCGAGAGAGGGUACGUCAGAUCUUUCAGGACUGGCAUACGAAGAAUGGUGUAAUCAGGGGUCCUGUGUCCAAAAAUUCUCAUGUGAGUAGUGAAAAUGAGUUUGAAAGAGUGAGGAUUGUAAGGAAAUGGGUAAAAAUGAAUGGCCAGCAUAGAGGCAGUGGAAGUAGAGAGAAACAAAACAAUCAAAAUGUUGUUCAAAUCAACCAACUACAAGAUGGAUCUGUUUCAAAUGAUUGUGAAGUUAGUGGAAGGAGGAGGAUACGUAAGAUCUACGGAAGACAGACUCUUGUUGAACUUUUGGCAAUGGCCGAGAAGGAAAGGAAAAGAGAGCUAGAGGAAUUAUCACAACGUCAACCUGUAACUUGUUUUGCUCACAGAAACCGCAUUCAGUCACUCUUAAGAGGAAGAUUCUUGCAAAGUGGAAGAUUGGUACAAGAUAAGGAACCCUCUUCUUCAGCGGCAAGUGAACUGGGAUUAUUAAGGAAAAAACUUCCAGUGUCUGGUUUAAGAGAAGGAUUUCUUUCCAGGUUGGACAAUUUGGAUGCGGGUAGCCAAUCCCAUUCCCCUUCCAUCUGCAGCAAUAAUAAUAAUACAUUUAGUGAUGGUCAAGUUGAUAUAAUAGACGAAAUCUCUGUUGCUUCUGCGGAUAUUGCUAUCACUAUGCAAGAAGCUACUGUUGAACUACAUGUACAGCAAAUAAUUGAGGAUUCUAAUGUGGGAUCCGUUGAUAGAAAAUAUGAAGAUACGUGCAAUGUAAUAAUAAAAGAAGUUGGCGAACAUAGUGAUUACCCAUUGCAUGAACAAGGUGAGGCUAGCUCAUCUAAUAUGGUUGGUUAUGAUAGUCCUACCACCCCUAGUACUACUAAUAAUGAGGAUGAGGAAUGGUCUCAUAAUGACAUUCAAUCCGCCCAAGUCAUACAAGAAUUACCCGAAGAAGAAGAACAGUGGGAGGAUGAUGAGAAUUUUGAUAGUUCACCGGAAAGAUCAUCAUCUGCUGCUGCUGCAGAAGAAGAAGAAGAUGUAAUAGAAACUGAAACAACAAAUUUCCCCAAUGAUGAUGAUAUUGUGUAUAAUAAUGCAGAGCUUCAGGAACUCUCAAACAGGAGGCAAGUGUCUAACCUUCUGAGCAGUGAGUUCAGGCAUAGUCUAGACCGAAUACUUAUAUCAUAUGCAGAAAGGCUGCAAACUGCUGCUGAUGGAACUUCUGAUGAAUGGGAAUCUGAUGGAACUUCUUCGAGUUUCAUGGAGUUGCCUCUAGAAGAGGAGGAGGAGGAACUAAUUGAUGAUAGCACAUGGUCAAGAAGAUUGAGGGUGCGCCAACGCGGUAGAAUUGAGUGGGAGGUGAUAAAUGAUCUAAGGAUUGAGAUGGGUAUGCUUCAAAAGCAGUUGAAUGAGAUGCAAAGGAUGUUGGAGUCAUUUAUGGACAUGCAAAUGGAAUUGCAGCAAUCAAUCCGAGAAGAGGUGGUUUCUGCAGCAGCAACAGCAGCUCUAAAUUAUAGAUUUCUAUCAAAAGAACUUCAACUCUCUCAGUCCCAGCAGCACCACUCGAGCCUACAUUCGGGUUGAGGAUAGAUCCAUUAAUGCUUGUUGCCUUCUCGGCACUGUCAUUGGAAAAAAAACGCAAUAUACCUGUGUUUUUCUUUCCUUUUUUCCUUUCUCAUUUUUGCUACUCAAGACAGUAUUCUUUAAAUUUUUAUAUUUUUUCAUUGGUACUCAACAAUAUAUAUUAUAUAUCAGACUGAGAAAUUGAUAAAUUAAUCCAAUCUUCUCUUGAAUUCAAAUCUAGAUAAGGAAUUUGAAGGAAAAUGACAAUAUAGGUCUAAAUUUAUUUGAACUGAUAUUUUAUUCAUUUUCCAAACCCAUGUCAUGUUGUGAAGAUGUAGUCUAAACUGAUUAAUAAACUGAUAUUUGUUCAUUAUUAUCUCCAAAUGUCAUAUUGUACAUCUUUCCU